AUGGCACAGAAUAAGCUGUACUUGAAGGAGCGUGGGCGAGAACGUGUCCUUGCUCCGUCAGAGCGGCCUGCGGACAUCUUGAAGAGGAGAUUGGAGAUGGCGGGGUACGAGCCGACGGAUGGCAUCAACACGAUCGGCGAGGAGGACCUAAGCUUUCUUCUGAAGUUCGGUUGGAAGACCCAGGUGUUGGGCCCAGCGGUGCGUCUCAUUUCAGCUGAUCACGAUGCAUUGCUGACUUUCUCGAAGGAGGAGGAUCUCGUGUUCGACAACUUUGAGUACGUCGACCUCACCGCGCGCAGCCUACGCACCAUCCCCGUCGUCCUGCACAAGAACGCCGACUCCAUCCACUCCCUCAAGCUCUCCCGAAAUCCCAUGCUUGAGAUCCCUCUCGACUUCAUACAGUCCUGCACCACCCUCCGCGAGCUCCGUCUGUCGAACAUGGCAAUCAAGAAGGUCCCACACAGCGUCCGUCACAGUAAGACGCUCCAGCGUCUCGAUCUCUCCUCUAACCGCAUCGCCGACCUCGACGACGCCUACCUCUCCGAGAUCCCCGACCUCAUGGCGCUCUUCGUGCAGAACAACCGCAUGGAGCGCUUACCAUGGCACUUCCCCCGCCUGCGCAACCUCGUCACGCUUAAUAUAUCGAACAACAAGUUCAACGAGUUCCCGACGGCGGUCACGCAGCUCGUGCAGUUGCAGGACCUUGACAUCUCGUUCAACAUGAUUUCGGAGUUACCUGAGGAGCUCGGGAAGCUGACUAUGCUCGGGCGCCUGAUCAUCGUGGGCAACCAGGUGUCGCGCCUGCCGGACGGAUGUGCGAGGCUACGCAGCCUGCGCGUGCUGGACUGCAGGAGGAAUCAAAUCUCGGACUUCACAGUCGUGUGCAAUCUUCCGCGGCUCGAGACGCUCAGUGCAGACCACAACGCGGUGCACGCGCUCGAUCUAUCCUUGGGGCCGUGCGUGGCGAACCUCGACGCGUCGCACAACGAGAUCACGCAGCUGUCGCUGCUACCGGGGCCGAUUGGGCGCUCGCCAGUUGCGCUGACCUCCCUGGACCUGUCGCAUGCGAAGCUGGCUCUCCUCGACGAGCAUAUACUCGCCGAGCUGACGUCGCUGCGCGUUUUGCGACUGGACCACAACUCGAUCCGCAUGAUCCCAGAGGCGCUCGGCGAGCUAGAGCAUCUCGAGGUCCUGUCGUGCUCGGACAGCUACAUCGUCUCCCUGCCGAGCUCGAUUGGGAGGUUGCAGAACCUGGUCUCGCUGGACGUGCACAACAACAGCUUGAAGGAGCUGCCGGUCGAGCUCUGGCAUUGUGGGUCGCUAGCGCGGGUCAACGUGACGUCGAACCUCAUCAAGGCGUGGCCGGAGCCACCGGUCUUCAGCACGACCCCCGUGCUGGCUCUACCGUCGAACGCCGACGCGCGCUCGGACCGGAAGGCGUCGGUCGCGUCGCUGGGCGCGGGCCGCUGCAUGCCGCCGCUCGCGCAGUCGCUGCAGAAGCUCUACGCGGGCGAGAACCAGCUCACGUACGACGCGCUGCCAUCCAUCGCCUGCCUCCGGGAGCUGCAGGUGCUCAACCUGUCGUUCAACGACAUCCAGGACAUGCCGUCGUCGUUCUUCCGGACGCUGACGAAGUUGGAGGAGUUGUAUCUGAGCGGGAACAUGCUGACGAGCAUCCCGACGGAGGACUUGCCGAAGCUGACGAGGUUGAAGACGUUGUUUUUGAAUGGCAAUCGGCUGCAGACGCUGCCGCAGGAGUUGGCGAAGGUGAAGAGCUUGAUGGCGUUGGACGUGGGGAGCAACUUGUUGAAGUAUAACAUCAACAAUUGGGAGUUCGACUGGAACUGGAACUUCAACAAGAACUUGAAGUACCUGAACCUCUCGGGGAACAAGAAGUUGCAGAUUAAGUCCGACACGCGGGCCGUGCGCCAGCACAAUGUGCCGACGUCGUCUCUUACGCGACAAUCGCUUGCAGGCUUCACAGACUUGCACCAACUGCGCUUCCUCGGGCUCAUGGAUGUGACCAUCACUCCCGGUGGCAUGCAUGGCGGUGCGGAUAUUCCUGACGAGAAGGACGACCGUCGUGUGCGAACCUCCGUGUCUACCGUCAGCGGCAUGGCGUACGGCAUCGCUGAUACUCUCGGGUCGAACGAGCAGCUCAACAUGAUUGAUCUCGUCCACGAUUUCCGACGAGGGCAUGGAGAGGCCGUCUUCGCCAUGUUUGGCCGCGCGCAGCCGCCUAAGACCAUCCGUGUCGGUACAAGCUCCAACCGACUGGCUAAGUUCCUGCAAGACAACUUCAUUCGCGUCUUCAGGGAUAAGUUGGACGACUUGGCUCGUUCGCCUGGCGACGACAUUACCGAUGCCUUGCGUCGAACGUUCUUGCGGUUGAACCAGGAGCUGCACGAUUCGCUUGUCAACUCGCACAGGAAGAUGUCGACGCACAGCGGCUCUGGCGCCAACAACACUGUCAUAGAUCCAGACAUCGCCCGCACUGGCGCUUCUGGUCUUGUCCUGUACUUCAAGGACAGGACUCUGUAUGUUGCGAACUGCGGCAAUGCCCUCGCCGUCAUCUCCAAGCAAGGCAUCGCGCAGCCGGUGUCUCGCAAGCACGACCCCUACGACCGCGCUGAGACCGCUCGUAUCCGUGCUGCUGAGGGGUGGAUAUCCCCACCAGGCCUCGUCAAUGACGAGAUCGACAUAUCACGCUCGUUUGGCUUCUUCCACUUGCUCCCAGUCGUCAACGCUCGCCCAGACGUCCAUACAUAUCAUCUCGACGAGUCCGACGAGUUCGUCAUCGUCGCCAACCGUGGGCUGUGGGACUAUGUAUCCUACCAGACCGCCGUCGAUAUUGCACGCUCGGAAUGGAUGGAUACGCGGGACCCCAUGAUUGUCGCCAUGAAGUUACGAGACUUCGCGAUCAGUUAUGGCGCGGAGGGCAGCACUAUGAUCAUGGUCAUCGGUGUCACUGACCUGCUGAGCCAUGAGACGCGCCAGCGUCAGGCGACGAUGGACUCGAUCCCGGAGAUGAGUGGUCUUGUCGGCAAGCGCACGCGUCGCAAGGACGACGUUGGCGACAGGGAUCUGGCUCGUCUGGACGGAGAGGUGGAGCCGCCUACUGGCAAUGUCACGCUAGUCUUCACGGAUAUCCGCAACUCGACGCAUCUUUGGGAGGCGAACCCGGGCAUGCGGUCGGCAAUGAUAAAACACAACGCCUUGCUACGACGACACCUUCGGCUCUGCGGCGGGUACGAGGUCAAGACGGAAGGCGAUGCUUUCAUGUGCGCCUUCACCAACCCCAUGUCUGCCCUCUGGUGGUGUCUCGUCGUGCAGCGGGACCUGUUGCGCGAGGACUGGCCCCUUGAAAUCCUGGAGUGCGAGGAUGGGAAGCUCAUCUACGACGUCGACGGCAAGCUGGUCGCUCGUGGGCUGUCUGUGCGCAUGGGCCUUCACUGUGGUCACCCCCUCUGCGAGCGCGACCCCAUCACCAAUCGCAUGGAUUACUUUGGCUCCAUCGUCAACCGCGCCUCGCGAAUCAGCGGCAGCGCUGCAGGCGGCCAGAUCAUGUGUAGUGCCGACGUAAUCCGCGAGCUCAAUGCAUCCGUCCAUCGCUCGGAACCGCCGACGGAGUAUACCGACCUGCAGCCUGCGCAGGCGGUGAACGCGAUUCGGCAGAUGGAGGUCGCGAUCGUGCCCGUCGGAGAACGCAAGCUGAAGGGGCUCGAAGUGCCGGAGAUGCUGUCGAUCGUGUACCCGAAGGAGUUGCAGGCGCGUCAGUUCAUCGAGGAGAUGCCAGAGGACCCAGGCACGUCGGGCUCGCGCAUCCAGUUCAGCAUCGACCAGAUGCGCGAGCUGGGGAUGCUGUGCUUGCGGCUGGAGACGAUCGCGAGCGAGCGCGUAUUCCGCGCGCUGCCGGAGCGGAAAGGGAGCUUUCAGCCGGGGAUGGAGGGUGGCGAGGCGGAGGAGUUGAACGAGCCGUCGUCGUCGGUGUACUACUAUGGGGACCCGUCGGUGCUGCUGCCGCAGAUGAGUGACAAGCUAUCGGACAGGGAGUUGAUGAGCUUGCUCGACUUUUUCUCUGUGCGCAUAGAGAACGCACUGUCGACGAUCCAGCAGAGGCACGGGGCUCGGACGAAGGAGCAGCGGCUCACGAGCGCGCUGGCGGGGCGGUUGGAUCUGGACGAGAGGACUUUGCAGGAGGUACUGGCGUUGUUGCAGAGUGUAUAG